UUCAACAAAAUGGUUGCCAAAAGUAAAUAUUAGAGGUGUUAGAAUGAAAAAGUAAUGAAUGUAUUUUGUUUAAGGCGGAUGACUACAAAAACGUACAGUAAGGUAAACUGUGGAAAUGGACUUGUUUGAUUCACAGGCUCUAGAAUAAAAUUGUGCGGCUAAAUAUCAUCAAAGAAUUUACAGACAACACAUUGUUCAAAAUGACUUCAAAGUCAAGCAUACAUCUAAUGAUAUUUUACAUGCAAAGCAAAGAAAUGUUUAAACUAACACCACAGCUUUGCCGACUAGCUAAGAAGGAAUUCGAAGACACUCGAGCAAAAUUGCCAGCUGACGUCAGGGAUGACCUCAGUUUUGACAAAGUGUUGCAACUUAUCGAGCACGUGGAGAAAUCAGAGUUUGCUAAAGCAAAUGAAUUGUUAGGGGAGGCAUACAAGGAACAUGAAGAAAUGAUGAGCUAUUUUCCAAAGAAGAGUCACGCUGUGCAGAAAGCAGAAUCACCCUCAGAAUCGCCCUCUAUAUUUGAGGACAAAUGGGAACAGCCUGUGCGACCUGAUAAUAUACCCACACCUCCUGCAGUCAAACAUACUACUAACGAAGACGACACUAGAAACUGGAGUAGCAAAUCUCCUACUGUAACAAAAAAUUAUGAGACAAUCAAUUUCAAUGGAAAGGGAACUGGAGAUGAAGAUGAUAACAGUCACAGAAUGACAUACAUGACAACUUUACGACCACGUGGAGGCAAACCUGAUUAUGAAACAGUUUUCGUGUCUAACAGUCCAGCUGUACUUGCUGACAAAUUCACAGAUUUAUAUAAGAACGAAUGGAAAACAGCUCAUGAUGAACUUGAAGUUGUCCUAGGAGACAAGCAGACAGUUAGACACAAUCUAUGGAUCAUCGCGAAGUCUUCAAUUAUAUGUGCAAGUCUGGCAACACAACAACUUGUAGACGUGGAAAAUUCAGUUGUAGGAAUCAUGGUAUCACGCGAUCCUCUAAACAAGAAAUCGAUAGUCGACGAACCAUUAGCGAAAAAGAAUGAAAAAGCUGUAAGUAAGGCGAGAGGCAUGCUUGUUGACUACAGGAGAGAAUUGUCUAAACUUUCAGUCCCAAUGUUGCAAAAGGAGAUAAAGCGAGCUAUAUCGUCUGAACUUGGAACCUCUUUACCCAGAAGUUUUACAGGAAUUGGAAACCAUUUUGUGAAUUAUGCUGAGAAGUGUAUUGAACUAAUAUGGUUGAUGUAUGUGCACGACCCUCCUAUGCAUCUGGAAUGGUUAACUAGGGAACAAGAGGGAUCAACAUUCAAAACUGAUUUGUAUAUGCCAUACACUAGACCAGGAACUUUAUAUGAUUACUGUGUAUGGCCCGUUGUUAGACUUCAUAGAAAUGGACCGGUUCUGUGUAAAGGCAUAGCUCAGGGCAGAUGAUGGCGCAGAAAUCUGAUCUAAUCAGCCUAUUAAUGUUCUCCUUAUUAUCUGAAUAAUCAAGCUUUUUGCGCGCGUCUACCUUAAUAGACUGACACAAAGAACUGAAAUCUGCUCUCAGUUAGUGUUAGAAAAUAUAUUACAAUUAUAUGUAUUUGAUUUUUGUUAACGGACACAAAAUAAUGAGGAAUAAUAUUAUGUCUUCUUAAACGGAAAUAUAGUAUCAUUUGAAAUAUUUGGCAAAUCUUGACUCAAAUACAGUUGCUCACUUGGAAGAGCACAAGGAAACCAAGCUAUGACCAGGACAAUGUUCCUUUUGACGAUUCGACUUAAGAAAAUACAUAAAUGAUAAGACUUCUGAAACAAGUGUAUGUUGUUCAAAAUCCUUAAACGCUGUCUGUUUAACCGAUCAUCAUAUAUGUAUUUAAGUAUUGUUUUAUACUACACUAUCUUCAUGUUAAAUUGAUAAUUACCUUCCCAUUUAUGAAAUGUAUAUUUAUAUUUUAAUGCAUGACAAGAUAAUGAUAUGAAAUAAUUCUAUUAAGGGGAAGCAUAAAAACAAUUUUUUUCUAAACCUUAACACCAGCAUCACAAAUAAAAGCUUAAGGUGUCUUACUUUCAGUUGAACAAAUAAAUGACUUGAAAAUAUUUAAAUUCUUUUUAAUUGCUUUUAUGUUUCAUGUUAUACUUAUUUAUCUCUUCAGUUGUUUAUUUUAUUUUUGUGCUUUAUAUUUUAUCAUAUACGUUUAAGCUGUUGUGGCGAAAAUUUCGGUAGAUAUGUUUGAGAUUAUCAUUCCCAUUUAUCAUUUAUCUCAACAUCUUUUGUUCAGUGCAAUUUCAUUAACUGGAAAAUGGCAUAAAUAAUUUGAUACAUCUCAUAUCAAAGGUAAUAAUGACUAAGUGGGAUCUUUUGCAAGCAGUAGUUUGUCGUUUUAUCCCUCCGUUUGUAUAUGUUUGCAUUAGAGGAUUUUUCCUGAGGUACGAAUGAAGAACAGUCACUCAUAGAACUUAUAAAAUAAUUAAACUCAUCCAACCUGA